AUGAAUAGCAGCAACAGCGUACAACACCAGGAGCACCAGGGUACAACUUACAUCGAUGAAGAGGAAGUCGACGACGACGUUCAGUGCUCUAAUGGCAAAUCCAUUGAUAAUCCUCCAUCUCAGAUCCGUUAUGACGGUCCGAACAGCUCUCACUCUCCGCACGUGCUUCAAACUGCGGGUGGUGGUGGUGUCAUGGAUGCGGUAGACACCGUUGCACUCUAUGACGCCGGAAGUACUGAUAUGACUUCUGCUGUUGCACCGGCUAGCGGGGAAGGUGGCCCUGAUCAGCUUACGCUGUCGUUUCAGGGAGAAGUCUAUGUUUUUGACUCCGUGUCCCCUGAGAAGGUUCAGGCAGUGUUAUUACUGUUGGGUGGAUAUGAAGUACCCACUGGCAUUCCUACUGCUGGGAUGACUCCUCAAAACCAGAGGGGGUUGGGCGAAUAUCCUGGAAGAUUAAGUCAGCCACAAAGAGCUGCUUCUUUAAAUAGGUUCAGGGAAAAGAGAAAAGAACGAUGUUUUGAUAAAAGGAUUCGUUAUACGGUGCGCAAGGAAGUUGCUCUCAGGAUGCAGCGUAAGAAAGGUCAAUUUACAUCAUCCAAAUCACUUUGUGAUGAACCGGGUCCAUCUUCUGCAGACUGGAAUGGAAGUUCUGGUCAAGAAGGACAGGAAACUUUAUGUAGGCAUUGUGGAAUUAGCUCAAAGUCAACCCCUAUGAUGCGACGUGGACCAGUUGGACCAAGGACAUUGUGCAAUGCCUGCGGUCUCAAGUGGGCCAACAAGGGAGUCUUAAGAGACCUUUCUAAAGUUCCAGUCGGAGCCCAACAUCAUAUGAAGGCUAGUGAACUUAGCAAUGGUGGAGAUAUCAUGACACCUGCUGCUAAGGCCAUGACUACUUGUAAUGGUGACAAUAUAGCCUUGACUGCUGAACAGUAUAGGGGAGUUUGGAGGCUGGUCGGGCUAUCGGGAGUGGUUAAACAUGGGGUGGGCACUUUACUGAAUGACUCCGUCAUUAGUGGCAUUCAUAGUCUAAGGCAUUCAGAGUUCAUUUCUCAAUCGGAGCUGAGGAAGGAUGGCAUAGCAUGGGGAGGUGAUAAAAGUAUAAUCAGGUUCUGUGGUGGCGACUGCUUGUGUUGA